AUGGCCGAAUCAACCUCGAAACCUACGCCGCCGGCAGGAUCGCCUGCGGCACAAUCUCCGCAGUCGGCCAGAUCUCCCUCGAAGACCAAGACUCCGUCGGACGCAGCUGGGUUGUUCCCCGCUGGAGCCACUGACCUGGAGGCUGAUAUCGCAAUCGAUGAUGGCGAAUCGAAUGUGUGCGACGUCUUGCCCCAAGAUGGGCCCAUUCCUCCAUCGUAG